UUUCCUUUAAGGGGAAAUGCCACACACAAAAACAGAAAAGAAAAGAAAAGAAAAGAAGAAGCACGAGAGUGAUUAAACAGAAGAAGAGGGGGUCCCUCUCACUUCCACAUUCACAAGCAAUUGGAAAUCUGGCAAAUGGUGUGAUCCAUGGCAUGCACGAGUGCCUCUUCUCACUUUUCCUCAGGAUCACUUUCAGUUCCACCCACGCACACAAAACACACUUUCUCUAUCUAUAAAAUCCUUUCACAUUUUACCUCUUUCUAACAGCACACUUAUUCCCACGAGAGAGAGAGAGAGAGAGAGAGAGAGAGAGAGAGAGAGAGAGAGAGAGAGAGAGAGAGAGAGAGUAUGAAGGCAAGAGUGAUCAAGAAGGGCUUGUGGAGACCAGAAGAGGAUAUGAUGCUGAAACAGUACGUCGAGACGCAUGGUGAAGGCAACUGGGCAGUUGUCUCUCAAAGAUCCGUCAGGUUUAAAGAGGGGAGGCAAGAGCUGUAGAUUGAGAUGGAAGAAUUACUUGAGACCAAACAUAAAACGAGGUGGGAUGUCCCCAGAAGAAGAAGAUCUCAUCAUCCGCAUGCAUAAGCUUCUCGGCAAUCGAUGGUCACUAAUUGCUGGGCGGCUUCCCGGUCGUACGGACAACGAAGUGAAGAACUACUGGAACACCCAUUUGACCAAGAGACAAAGGAAAAACAUCGUCUCUAAUGGACGCCGCGAGGACGAGAACAUCCGCACCGCAUUGGCCGCCGAUGCAACCAAGGACGUACCGUGUCCACAGUCCAUUACUCCUCCACCACUAGUUCACAACGGAAGCAAUGACCUCGACGUAACAGAAUCGACGACGACGGGAAGGAAAGAAGAGAGACUGGAAGACGGAGAGAGAUUCGUGUACGGCUGCGACAUGGGAUCGCCGCUGUCGAUGCCGGUGAGCAAUUAUUCCGCGCCACUUGUCUUUGAUGACGAGCAGCUUGUGCCCUGGUUGGAUUCCUUUGUUUUUGUCUGAAGCGUUUGGAUUGCAAAGAUAUGAAGAGAUUCAGGUGUGAUGUGAUACCUGUGCUGUUGUUCAAACGGUACAUCAUCAACCCUCGACUAGACUAAGAGAUUUGUGGCCCGGAUGACUGAAAUGUGAGCUUCAAUUUAGGAAAUCGAGCAUCACUUUUUCGCUGGCCCUAUGAUAGCAAGGACGUUUUUUCUUUGUUAUGAUUGGACUUAUUGAUGCACCUUUAGCAUAUGCAAUAUUCCAG